GAGUUAUCUAUAGAGCAGUAAUCAUGCUAAUAUUACAAAAGACAGCAGGAACUUUUCCCAAGCCAUCAAGAAGGAAACUUUAUGGAGUUUUAAGGAGUCUUAAUUUUCACCCUGGAAGACAAUAUCUUCAUAAACUAGUGCUGGGAAUUGAAACUAGUUGUGAUGAUACAGCAGCAGCUGUGGUGGAUGAAAAUGGAAGAGUACUGGGAGAAGCAAUUCAUUCCCAGACUGAAGUUCACUUGAAAACAGGUGGGAUUGUUCCUCCAGUGGCUCAGCAGCUUCACAGAGAGAAUAUUCAACGCAUAGUACAGGAAACGCUUUCUGCCAGUAGAAUCUCUCCAAGUGAACUGUCAGCAGUUGCAACGACCAUCAAACCAGGACUUGCUCUAAGCCUGGGAGUGGGCUUGUCAUUUAGCUUACAGCUGGUAGAGCAGUUUAAAAAGCCGUUUAUUCCCAUCCAUCAUAUGGAGGCUCAUGCACUUACUAUUAGGUUGACCAAUAAAGUAGAAUUUCCUUUUCUAGUUCUUCUAAUUUCUGGAGGUCACUGUCUGUUGUCACUAGUCCGAGGAGUUUCAGAUUUUCUAGUUCUCGGGAAGUCUUUGGACAUAGCACCAGGUGACAUGCUUGACAAGGUGGCCAGAAGACUUUCUUUGGCCAAAUAUCCGGAAUGUUCCAUGAUGAGUGGUGGCAAGGCUAUAGAACAUUUGGCCAAACAAGGAAAUAGAUUGUGUUUUGAUAUCAAGCCACCCAUGCAACGUGCUAAAAACUGUGAUUUUUCUUUUUCUGGACUUCAGCAUGUUGUAGAUAAAAUAAUAAAGCAAAAAGAAAAAGAAGAAGGCAUUGAGCAGGGACAGGUCCUGUCUUCAGCUGCAGACCUUGCUGCUGCCGUACAGCAUAUAACAGCAAUUCACCUUGCAAAGAGAACACACCGGGCUAUUCUCUUCUGCAAGCAGAGAGACUUGUUACCUCAGACUAAUGCAGUGCUAGUUGUAUCUGGAGGUGUUGCAAGUAACAUGUAUAUCCGAGGAGCUCUGGAAAUUGUAGCAAAUGCCACACAAUGUACUUUCCUAUGUCCUCCUCCCAGGCUCUGUACUGAUAAUGGUGUUAUGAUUGCAUGGAAUGGGAUUGAAAGAUUACGUGCUGGAUUGGGAAUUUUACAUGACAUAGAAGGCAUCCGCUAUGAACCAAAAUGUCCUCUUGGAGUAGACAUAUCCAACGACGUGAAAGAAGCUGCCAUAAAAGUACCACGAUUGAAAAUGAACAUUUGAUUUUUGCUUUUUAAAAGUAUCUAAAGCUCCUAUAUCAUCAUUAAAAUUAAAAUAUUAAUUUUUUAAGCUUU